AUGGCCAUGUCUUGCCGGUACGCGGCACGAAGCUGCGCUCGUCAACUGCGGUCCGCCAAGCUGGCGAGAGCGCCUUCACAGAUGGCUCGAGUUGCGGCGACGCCGAGGCGAUUCAACUCGACUGAAGCCGAUGGCGCGACGAAUCCCAAGAUUGCUCAGAUUGUGGACCAGAUCAGCAAACUGACAUUGCUGGAAACGGCAGAGCUCGUCUCUAGCCUCAAGAGCACACUCAACAUUCCCGACAUGCCCAUGGGCGGCUUCGCCGUCGCCCCCGCGGCCGCCCCCGCGGUCGUGGAAGAGGUGGAAGAAGCCGCGCCAGCUGCUGCCGAGAAGACCCUAUUCACCCUGAAGCUCGAGGCUUUCGACGCCGGGGCCAAGGCUAAGAUCAUCAAGGAGGUCAAGGGCCUACUUGGCCUGAGUCUCGUGGACAGCAAAAAGUUUGUCGAGAGCGCGCCCAAGAUGAUGAAGGAGAACGUUGUCAAGGAGGAGGCCGAGAAGAUCAUUGCGACGAUGAAAGAGCUAGGUGCUACCGUUGUCAUGGAAUAA